AUUAAUUCCAUUAUUAGAAUCAAAAUCAAAAUGAGUACUAAAGUUGAAUUUAUUAUAAAACAAAAACCCGCUUUAGAUCCUAAAUGGCUUGCGAUAGAACUUCAUGAAGCAUUGGAUAAAAACCGACUUGCCAAUUAUUGGAACGAGAUGAUAGAAGAUUCUGAACUGAUCCCCGUGGAUAAUGACAAUUCACUGCUAUUAAAAAAAGUAGAAUCAUCUGGACGUUAUUAUAUUGGCAUGUGGGCAGUAAACUGUCCAUGUAAAGAUGAACAAUCUGAAAAUGUAUGCAGUUAUAUGCCUUAUAAAGCUUAUGAUGUUAAUGAAACACUGAAGUCUAAACAAAUGUUUGAAUCUCUUAUAUGGAAACCUAAUUGUGAUAAAGAUGAUGUUAAAUCAUUGAUAUCUGUAUUUGCGGCUGAACAAAGGAAACUAUGUGAAGAUAUAUGUUAUUCAACAUUAUUUUUCAAUCAAACUCAACUUCGGAUGGCUAUUGCUUCUCGUUACUUUGGUGCUUUUUACAGAGAUUUUUUUUUUCAAUCUAAAUCAAAUAAUCAAACACAGUCAUCUAUAAUGAUACACAAAAAUUGUAAAAAUUCCAUUAAGACAAAAAACAAUACUAAUGAUGAGGAAAAAAUGUCUUUAUUUGCUAAAAUUGGUACACAGACAGCAUUAAACUUUUCAUUUGGAUUUCUAGUCAGUACUUGGCGGUCAGGCAAUAAUUCUGAUUUAUGCACAAAAAUGCUUAAAGACUCACUAGAAGCACUGCAAUGUAUUCCAGAAGAUAUUUUUGUUGAUGAAAGCAAUGUUCCUACUUUCUGGAUUGAAACUUUAGAAAGAUCAUCAGAGUUCCUAUUUCAAGUAGUCAAUGGAAAUAUUAAUGUAUUUGAAAAUGAAAGUAUUCAUGUAAAUCACAUUCCAAAUACUGACAGACAAUUUGCUUUAUGUCUUUUGUUAGAACUAGGACUACAAAAAAAGUCACUGAGUCAAAUAUUACAAUGUGUAUUAAUGUACUUUGAAUUGGGAUUACAAUGUGACAAGAUUCACAAUAGACAUUUACAUAAUUUAUUAACAAUAACACUUCGUCGCUUAAAUUGGGUAGUAUCAAGAAUUCAAAACAAUUUUAACUAUGAUGUGAUUCAUUCAAAUAAAGAUAGUGUUACAAAAAGUUUUUUAAGAAUAAAUAAUGAUGCUGAUAAUCCACAACCUACGGGCAUGAAACAAACAGCUGUAAUUAUUUUAGCAUUUUUAGACCAAAUAGCUAUCACUUACUUAACGCUUCAACAAAAAAUGCACGAAAUUAAGAAUAAAAAGAAUAUUGUACAGUAUUGGGGUAAACAAUUUUAUCCUGAAACCAAAAAAAAAGUAAUAUUAACCCUUGAACGUUUGCAUGUUGAGUCUGUAGUAUGUUCAAGAAAUGAGAUAUUGGUUGUAACAACCAGUGGAACUCUACAUUUUAUUAGUUAUUCAAUUGAUUCAUUGAAUUUUGAAGAAAAACAAAUGAUGAAUGUACCUAUAAAAUUAGUUGAUGUUUAUGAUGAAACAUACUUAGCAGUUACUCAAAAAGGAGAAGUGUACUCUUGGGGAGUAAAUGAAUUUGGUGCUUUAGGCCAUGGUCAAAAAUGUUCUUCUUUUUCUGCUCCAGAACUAAUUGUAGCAUUUUCUAAAAUCAUAGUUGUUAUGGUUUCGUGUGGAAAAGAUUUCUGUGCUGCUGUUACUGAAGAUGGUAAAUUGUACAUGUGGGGUAAAAUAUUACAUAGUAGUAAUUGUUGCUAUACUCCAGAGUUAGUUAAAUCUAUUUCAGAAUGGCAUGUAUCAAAAGUUUCUUGUGGAGCAUCUAUUAAUAAUACACUGGCUUUAUCCCAAGAAGGAUAUGUAUUUUCAUUUGAAUAUAGAAACUCUGACCAAGGUUGUGAUGAUAAAUCUUUAAAUGUAAUACCCAGCAUGAUUGUGUUUGAUUAUGAAAUUGUAUCAGUAUAUUGUCAUAAUGAUGUAAAUGCUGUUAUUGAUUGUGCUAACAAUGUAUUUACUUGGGGAAGAGGUAACAAUAAUAUGUUAGGCCACAAUAACUCAUUUCGUGUCAAUCGACCUAAGGAAGUAAAAUUUUUAAAUGGCAAACAAGUUACAUCCCUUUCAUUAGCAGAUGAUUAUAUACUAGCAUUGACUGCUACAGGCCAAGUCUAUUGUUGGGGUCAAUUAGAGAAUGAAAAUACCACACAAUGUAGACCUGUCAAGUGUUUAAUGAAUAGACAAGUAAAAAAAAUUGCUUGCAGUCCAAAUCAAUGUUUCGCGUGGUAUGAUUGUGAAGAAUUUAAUGUUGGAAUAUCUACAUCAUUUGUGACUGACUUACAAAUUCAAACAUUAAACUAUUUAGAACAACUUUUAUCUAAUGAGUUUAAAGAAUAUAAAACAUAUAUUGAUUGGCCACCAUCUCAACAACAAGAAUGUGUAUUAGUAUCUGUUCUACAUUUACUUACUUUGCAGUUUCAUUCUAUGAUUAACAAUCAUGUGAGUGCUGACACUGUUGGACUUGUGGGACACUCAAAGUUAUUAUUAAGUAUACGUCAAACAGUUACUGACUUAGCAUCAAACACAAAAGUAAUAAAUACUAUUAAAUUAGCUGCUCAAAAAACCUUGGAAGUUGGAUGGCUUAUACUAUUUCAAACGCCAAAUGAAAGAGCUAAUAUGUUAUGUACUAUAUUACAACCUAUGACUUCACCAAAUGAUGAAUCUCAAUCAAUAAAUAGUAAUCAAGAGUUUAUGAUAAAUCUGAUUACAAAUAGUUUAUUGGGUGACAAUAUUCUAUAUACAUUUUUAAAAAAAGCUAUUGAACAUGAAAACAUUCAACAUUCUGAAAGCUUCAAACAUAAUUUUGAUGAAACAAACAUAUCUCUUUGUUUUAUAGUCUCUCAGUUACUUAACAAUUACUUCACAAGUCUUUCAACACAAAUCCAUACAGUAAAAGUGCCUUCAAAUAAUUUUAACCAAUCUCCCAGUUUAAAAUUUAUUAUGACUUUCCAAAGACUUUUAAUAAUGUCAAUAUAUCGUCAAAAAAAAAAUAAAAAUGAUAAAUGCCGUUGCGAAUUGGAUAUGGACAAUCAAGGUGUUGAAAUGCUACUUUCAAAAUAUAUAAGUCAUUUUGUCAAGCGUUCUUGUCAAACUAUAAAACUAGCAAAUCAUGUAGCAUCUCGAAGUUCUAAGCAUUAUCAAAUUAUCACAAAAGUUAUAAGUGUGGCUGGAUUUGAUAAGUUGUUUAUGGAGCUUUUAAUAAGUUUAAUCAUGGUUCAUCAAAAAACCCCUUUAUUUUUAUGCAAUACUGAUUGGUUUAAUCUUUUCUUACCCUUACUUAAUGCUUUGGAUGCGUUUAAUUUAAUGACCCCAAAUUUAGAACGUGAAGAAGAUGAUAAUUUGUCCUGGCCUGGGUUUUCUAGCUAUACUUGUAAUACUUGGUAUAAAAAUGUUGAAGAUGUUAUGUUGAUUCGAAAACCUGAUUUAGAAAAUCAUAAUAGAAAUGGAGGACACUGGGUAGUGUUUAAUAAAAAAGUAUAUGAUAUUCAAGAAACUAGAUCUAGUGAAAUGAAUUAUUCAUUUGUUACUAUGCUACAUUCAUCAUCUAUUUAUGAAAAUGUAUUAACUGAAAUGCCUGAAGAAACUUUACAGUCCUGUUUUGUUGGAAAUUAUUUGGAUCCAGAUGAGGACAUAGUUGAACCUAUUGACUCAAAUUUGACUGAACCGCUGCUUUUAGACGUUCAUCGAACUCUUGGUUAUUUGUUGGGAAUCCAUGCACAUUAUCUAACUACUUUAUCCCAACCUUAUUCUAGUUAUCAAUGUUUUAAUAUUUGGUUUCCUUUAUUACGUGCUGGUAUUGAUGAUAGUAAAAAUAAUAACUAUGAUGAAUGUGCAAAAAUGUUAAUAUUAACAUACAAAGAACGUAAAUCAGUUGAUAAUCAAAUACAAUAUGAACCUGAUCACCCUGUUGAAGAAAUUAUUCAAAAUUUAGCUAAAGUAUUAGUUAAACAUUUAAAUUUGAAUAAAGCAGAAAUUAUUGAAAAAGAAAAACCAUUACCAUUGGACAUCAUUUUUAAACUGUUUGGUCAAAUUAAAAUACAAAUUCUCAAAAUGAAACAAGAUAUGAAUUUAAACUAUAAAGAAACAUGUUCCCCUAUUUUGGAUCGAUGCAGGUUUUUACUUAAUGAACUGAGUCCAAUUUUGUCUUCUAAAAUAACUACAGCGAAAAAACUACCUAUUUUGAAAACUGAAUCUAGAUGGAAAACAGUAAUUAAUUCUGUUGUUUCUAGUAUUAAAACAAAGAAAAAUGUUAGAAACCAUAAAGCUCGAAACCAAAAUCUUCCAUUACAAUGUUUUUUAAAUGAUGAAGAAGACAUGAACAAAUUUGUUAAAAAACCCAACAUAAAAUAUGUACCAGCACCAAAUAAUUUACAAAAUGGUAUUUAUGAAAAAAUUAAAGAUACAAAUGAUACUGAAUUAAUAUCUAAUAAACAUAAUCAGAUAGAAAUCAGUAAAAUGAUUUUAUCAUUUGUUCUAUCAAACGUUAACAUCCAUGAGAUAAGAAAAUUAUUACUCUCAGAAAUAGAUAGAUGCAAUAUGAUACAAACUGGUUAUGAACUUAUUAAUAAAUUAUUUAAAAAUCCUACAUCAAUAAGUUCUGUAAAAUAUAGUAUUAUAUCAGGUUGGCUAUCUGCAUUGCCAAACAGUUCUUCAUCGAGAAACAAUAAUGAAGUAGAACUCGUUUCGGUGACUUAUAAACUUAAGCUUUUAAUAGCUAAAUGUGAUUUCAUGAGAUGUGCUUUGGAACAAAUUAAAACUCUUGUAUCUCAAAUAGGAGAAAUUCAUAAAUCCGUAGGAAUUCGAGAUAAAAUAACAACUAUAAAAAAAAUGACUUGGUGCCGAUUUGCUAUUGCAACAUUUGGAUCAAUAACACAAAUUUUAAAUGAAAAAGAAUCUAGUCUGUUAAUAAAUUCUAAUAUAUUAUCUGCUAUUAAUUCCAUUAUUAACACCUUAGACCUUGCUGCAAAACGACCAAUUGAAAAAAUAAAUACAAAGCAAAUUAUUUAUGAAGAGGAUUUAAAUAAAAUUAAGUGUUUACGAGGAGCAGACAUCAUACCUUACUUAAAAUUAGGUGCUAGAGUUGUUCGUGGAGAAGAUUGGAAAUGGGAAAAUCAAGAUGGUGUACCUCCUGGUGAAGGGCAAAUUGUUAGUAAAAUGGGUGAUGAUGGUUGGAUUAGAGUUCUUUGGGAUCAUGGAGUAUCUAAUUCUUAUAGAAUGGGUAAAGAAGAAAAAUAUGAUUUAAAACUAGCACCUGGAUUAGAUGCGGGAGAUGAUGAAGAAUCAGAUUGUAAUGUUUCUUGCACAAAUAAUGGUGAAAUACAUGAAAACUCAACAGAAAAUCCAUUUGAUAUACUCAAGUGUGUCAUGAUAAAAUUUCUUAACUGUCUUUCAUUAUCAAGUGCUGUUCAUUCAAUUAAAAAUGAAAAUUCAAUUCAAAUUCUCUCAAAAUAUUUUUAUAAUACUUUAGAGAAGAGUUGGUUAAGUUCUAAUAUUUCAAAUGCCAUACUUUUUCAUUCUGAAUGGAUCAACAUUUCUCUAUUGAAAAUCAUAUCAAAAAUAUCUGAUGAAUAUAAACAGCAAUUUGCAUGUAAACAGUGGAUUGACAUGCUUUUAUCAAUUAUAUCUCAUUCUCCAACAGUAUCUUCUACUCUAACAACCCAGGUGCAAACCAUACAGUUAAUCAAACUUUUGAUUACACCUGAAAUGACUGAUUCAUCCAUUAUUACGUCUGUAGUAGAAAAUCUUAUGGAAGUUAUUGGAUCUUCGGUAUUACAAAGUAACUCAAAAUAUGAUGUAAUUGAUGGUAAACCAACAGUGCCUUUAACUGCUUCAUGUUCAAAUACCAUUGCUGAAGAAUGUAUUCUUUUGUUACGUACGUUAUAUAAUAACAAAAAGAGUACAAAACCAAAAAAAACUACUGAUUUACCUCCUUAUUUUGAUUCUCUGUUUAUUUUGAAUAUAAUAUCAGCAACUGAUUACUUGGCAAAUCCCACACUUGAAAAAAAUGUAUUUAAACUACAGAGUUUGUCAUAUAGUACAAUAGCAUCAUUAAUGGUCAUUGGAGGUUUUGAUAACCGACCAAGAAUUGGAGGAAAUGUAUUGAUUAAAGGAGAAACUGAAGCUACUGUGAUGAGCAUUGAGAAAAAAGGAAAACUCAAAGUACUAGUACACAGCACUGGGAAAACAGAAAGUAUUUUCAUCAAAGACAUAGAGCAUAUUCCAAAUUGUACAAUUUCUUUGGAUUUUAUAUCAGAAUCUAUGCUUUAUACAUGGACAACAAUGUUUUCUGCAGUCAUUACUAAUUUAAGUUUUAAAACUGUUACAGGAGAAUUAGUCAACGAAUCUCUUCUUUGCUAUCAAAAGACAUUAUUAGCAGGUAUAAAAGCUGUUAAUGCUUUGUUAAAAAAUCGAAUACUGCUUCGUAAAAUACUUACACAGCUGACAACAAGUAGUGAUGGGAAAUCUGAGAACUUAUUUCAAUUAAUAUUAUCAAAAGCUGUUCAACCUUCUCCGAUAAAACCAGAAUACUCAAAAAAAGAAUUAGAAGAAGCAGCUAUAAAUUUAACUCAAUACUUAACAGUCGACGUUCAAUCUAAUUCUGUGCGACAUUUUAAAUGGUCAAAAUAUUUUUCAAAAAGUACAUUAAAUAUGUUAUUAGCUCAAUUAUCUGAUAUGGGUUUCAAUAAGCAAUGUGUGUUUAGUGCUAUUGAAGCACAUGGUUACACUUCAUUAGAUGCAUUAGUUGCCUUAUUAAUGGAAGGAAAAAAUGAAUGUUUAUCUGAUGGCACUGACACUUUAUCAUCAUAUGAAGAUUUUUCAGAUAAAGAUGAAUCAUCAACAACAGAAGAAUGUCAUGAAAAUCCUACAAGUAAUGAUAAAGUAAUAUUUAAAAGACGUAAUGAUUUUAACAGUGCUGAUGAAUAUGCAAACUAUGUGAAAUAUGCUGUUGAUGUAGGCAUGAUUGUACGCUGUUGUAGAGAGUUUGAAAAUGUUAAUAUUGGAUGUGAAGGGAAAGUUAUUAAAAUUAUAAAAGGUGGUGGACUACAUGAUCUCAAUAUCAAGGUGAACUGGAAGUCUAUUGGUGCGUGUUGGGUACGAUACAUUCAUAUAGAAUUAAUAGAUUAUGGUACUUCACUCUAUGAAUAUGAUGUUAUAGAUAACAAUAAAGUUAUUGAGAUAACAAGUUUACCUCAAAAAUCCAAUUAUGACAAAAAUACUAUAAUACUAUCUAAUUAUCCAAAUAGAGAACAAAUUUCUGAAUUCAUUACAAAAUGCACUUCUUCUGCUGAAGAAAAACUACUCCCAAAUUUAUUCGAUUGGAAAUCAGAUAGUCGCUGGACUAGUGAAAAUCCUAAAGGAGUUCAUUGGAUAAAAUUGGAGUUUCGGCCAAAUAUUGUAAUUCAUUCUUUGCGAAUGAAAUUAGAUGAAGAAAAUGAGAAUUGUAAACCAUUAUUUGUAAUUGUGAAUGCUGGUGUAAGUUUUAAUAUGAUGGAAGAAGUUAAUCGCGUUGUGAUAAAUUCUUUGGAUCAAACUUUACAACUUUUGUAUUCAGUCAAUAAAUGCCAUAAAUGUAUAGAAAUUACAAUGCGUACUAAUGAAAAAAUUUGUAUUAUAACUGGAUUGAAAAUUGUUGUGAUGAGAAUUAAUCAAGAAUUUGUACCUAACUCAUUAACACCUCAAUUUGAUGCUGUACAAGAGUUUCCACCUCAGCCAGAAGUAGAAUCAAAAAUCAAAGUUGAUUCUGAAUAUGCUGUUUAUGUUUGGGGUUUAAAUGAUAAGGGACAACUAGGAGGAUUGAAUGGAUCUAAAAUAAAAAAACCUACUUUUAAUGAAGCAUUAACUGCUCUUAAGCCAAUUGAUAUUGUUGGAGGAUCAAAAUCAUUAUUUAUUGUUUCAAACGAGGGAAAGGUAUUUGUGUGUGGAGAUAGCAGUGGCGGUCGACUAGGUAUACCAUUCUGUGGUAAAGUUUGUACACCUCGGCAAAUACCAGGUCUCAGCCAAUUUGUUAUCAUGAAUGUAGCUGUGCAUUCUGGUGGAAAACAUGCAAUAGCAUUAUCAUUAGAUGGAAAAAUUUUAUCUUGGGGUGAUGGUGAAGACGGUAAACUCGGCCAUGGUGACACUCUUACUUUGGACACACCAAAAUUAAUUGAUUCGUUGUUGGACAAAAGAAUAUUUUAUAUAGCUUGUGGUGGUGCUCAUAGUGCUGCAAUUACCUCUGAAGGAGAACUAUAUACUUGGGGUCAAGGGCAAUAUGGUCGAUUAGGACACGGUGAUGAAGUCUCUCAAUUCACUCCAAAACUUGUCAAAGAGCUUAUUGGAAAAAAUAUUAUACAAGUGGCAUGUGGGAGUCGAGAUGCUCAAACUCUUGCCUUAGAUGGUGCAGGUAAUGUUUAUUCAUGGGGUGAUGGAGAUUUUGGUAAACUUGGUAGAGGUGGCAGUGAUGGUUGUUGUACUCCGAAACAAAUAGAAAGAUUGGAUGGACACAGAGUCGUACAAAUAAGAUGUGGUGCCCAAUUUUCUGUUGCAUUAACUUCAACCGGCCAAGUGUGGACUUGGGGUAAAGGUGAGUUCUACAGAUUAGGACUGGGUAGAGAUGACCAUGUAAGAAGACCAACUCUAGUUAAUCAACUGAAAUUAGUUAAAAUUGUACAUAUUGCUGUUGGUACAUUACAUUGUAUUGCUGUAUCUGCACAAGGAGAUAUCUAUUGUUGGGGUGAUAAUGAUCAUGGUCAACAAGGUAAUGGUACAACAAAUUCUAACCAAGAACCUAAAUUGGUUGCUAAUUUCAAUAAUAUAAAAAUAAAUCGUGUCGCUUGUGGUUCUUCCCAAUCUAUUGCCUGGAAAUGCCCUGUAUUGCCAAUACUAAUGUCUCAUGAAAAUGUGCAAUUUGCUCGAAUAAAAGAUUCAAUGGGAGCUACAUUUUUAAAUGAAAAUGUUGAUACCAAAAUGAAAAUUGAAGAAGAUCAAAAUAAUUCUGAAAAGGAUUCUUUAUCAAGAACCAUAUUAUCAUUAGAUUCAGCUGCUGCGAAGCAAAAUGCUCUUCAACAUGUCUUAAAUGCUUUACGAAUUACUUUAGCUCGAGAAAUUGUACUCGCUGCUCUUAUAUCACCUACUGACGAUGAUGUAAACAUAAAUCAUGAAAUAAUUCAAUCAGAUCAAGGAGGUGGCGAAGCACCUGCUCCAGUUUUAGAUGUAAAUCUCUCAUAUUUAAGUAAUGUGGUAACCCCAGACAGUAUAGAAAAUUCAUUACAUAUUCCAACCUCUCUUACCACAUCAGCAAGUACAUUGUCUUCAAAGGCAACCAACACUAUGUCAAUUGUUGCUGCUACUAUAAAAUCAAAAAAUCAAGUUAUUGGAUUAAAUUACACAUCAUUGCUUGCCAAUAAAACAAUUGAUAGUUUUGUAAGUACAUUUGAUGAAAAAACCGUCAGACUAUUAUUGGACUUAGCAAAAUUAGCAUCUGUUUAUAGGCUUGGCCCAACUGCAGAGUCUGUUUUAAUAAAUUUAUUUAUGUCAUUUAUAUAUACUAACAAACAUAUAAAACUAUUAAUGGAAUAUUGUGUGUCAGAGAUGGAAACUAUUUACACACACUGUUCAUUUAUAGUGUCACCGCCUUCAAAACAUGCAGUUCAGGAGAGUUCUCAUCCUUAUCAAGAUGAUUCCUGCCUAUCUGGAUAUGUAGCUAUACCUGGUGCAAUUGCUUUAUAUAUUGAUUUUAACCAAAACUGUUCAACUGAAAAACUCAAAGACACAUUAACAUUAAUGGAUGGUGCUGAAAAUGUCAUCAGUGUUCGAUCAGGAAAAGAUACAGAAUGGACAACACCAUUAUUCAUUCAACGUAAUGAACUGCAUUGGAAAUUUAUAAGUGACAAAUCUUCAAAUGGUUGGGGCUGGCGUUUUGUUGUGUAUCCAAUUAUGCAUUUAACAAGACAAAGUGGUACUGAUCGUGAAAUACUUUCAAGACCAUGUUUACCAGUUGUCCGUAAUUUAUUACAAGAAUGUCUAAAACGACAAAACAAUCCAUCAGUUGAUAAACGACUUACUGCUACAUUAAUGUUGACAUUACAUUUAACUGCAUUAACCCUCGAAGAAAGAAUUUGGUGUAUUAAAAUUCUUAGUAUGAUGUUUAAACGCGACCAAGAUGUAGCUAGUGAAUUAUUUAUUUUGCCAUUUUUAAACAGUGGUGUAUCUGAUGUACUACUCCGUACUGAACAUUUAAUGUUUAAGCAGUUUGAAUAUGAAGAAAUAGCUGUAUUAUGUGGAAGACAACUUUGUUAUUCUGAAUAUUUAAAAUCUUUAGUGUAUAUGAUGAAAUGGUUAAACAAUAGUUUACGUUGCUGGCGUUUUGAUGCCUCUUGGUUUGUAGAUUACUGUUUUGGUACUGAUGUAGCUAAGGCUUUGAUCAAUCGAGAACAGAUGCCUGAAGAAUUUAUUAAUCAAGUGCACAAAAAAAUAAAAUGCAUUGAUAAUAGUUAUGAUAAAGAUGGUGAACAUAUAUUUAUCGACAACUUGAAAUUCACAAAAGAGCAUGAUGAACAACUGUUACAGUGGUUGAAUAGUAAACCUGAUGAUUGGAAUAUGACUUGGGGAGGAAAUGGUCAAGUAGUAUAUGUUUGGGGUCACAAUCAUAGGGGUCAACUGGCAUGUAUGGAUUCUAAUCAAAUUAAAAAACCAUUGUCAUGUGAUUCUUUGUCUAUUUUGAAGCCCAUUCAGGUUAUUGGAGGAGAACAAACUAUGUUUGCUGUUACUUCAUAUGGGAAAGUAUAUGCUUCAGGAUAUACUGAAAGUGGACGUCUUGGUAUCGGUCCAUAUAAUCCAAGAACUCCUUUUGUAGUUACUCCUCAACUUAUCCAAGGCCUUAAUAGCAUAAUUAAGGUGGCUGUCAAUUCAGGGGGUCGUCAUUGUUUAGCUUUAUCAAAUACUGGGGAAGUUUAUGCUUGGGGAGAUGGAGAUGAUGGCAAACUAGGGCUUGGAAAUAGAAUUUCAUAUGCAAAACCUCAAUUAAUACAAACUUUAAAUGGUAAAAAUAUUAUUGAUAUUGCUUGUGGUGGUUUCCAUUCUGCUGCAAUUUCUCGUUAUGGUCAUUUAUAUACUUGGGGAAAAGGUCGUUAUGGACGUUUAGGUCAUGGCGAUUAUGAAGAUUAUUUAUACCCAAAAAUGGUUCAAAGUUUAGCAAAAGUUCCUGUUGUAAAAGUUGCUUGUGGCAGUGGAGAUGCCCAAACAAUGUGUAUCACUUCAGAUGACAAUGUUUGGUCAUGGGGUGAUGGAGAUUAUGGAAAACUUGGACACAAUAUUUCAGAAUCAUGUAAAUUACCUUGUAAAAUUGAAUCACUUUCGGGCAAAGGGAUUAUUCAAAUUGAUUGUGGAUCACAGUUCUCAGUUGCAUUGUCGUCAAAUGGAACACUAUACACUUGGGGUAAAGGAGAUUAUUUUAGACUUGGCCAUGGAUUUAGUGAUCAUGUACGUAAGCCAAAAAUAGUUAGUGGACUACAGGGCAAAAAAAUUGUUCAGUUUUCCACAGGAUCACUUCAUGUACUAGCAUUGACUGAUGAUGGAGAAGUAUAUGCUUGGGGAGAUAAUGAUGAGGGUCAACUGGGUGAUGGUACUGCACACCCAAUUGCAAGACCCCGUCCUAUUGCAGCUCUUAAGGGAAAACGCAUUCAACAAGUGAGUUGUGGAUCUGCUCAUUCAUUUGCAUGGGCUAGUGAAGAAGCUUAUCAUACAGAUAACUCAACUCCAACUACAAUACCACUAGAAUAUGAUAUAUUACAAGAAUUCAGCGUACAAGAAUUAAGAAAUCGAUUACUAUUUUUGCAUCAUUUUUCAAUCAUAAUCAAUCAAACUGCAUUAUUAUUUAUGCCAAUACAUGGAGAAAUUAGUUUAGAUGCAAUACGACCAUACAUGGUUUAUUCAGUGAAAGAAAGCAUAUUUAAAAAAGUACUUCAAUUAUCAAUGAUUAGAGAACAACGACAUGGACCAAUGUUCGAAUUAAAUAGAAUUAGAACACGAAAAUCAAUAUUCAAUGAUUAUAUACAUACAGUAUUUGGACAAAUGGUGAAUAAUAUGGACUUUCUAGAUGAAGAUUCUUUAUUUUUGUAUCAUCGUGUAUGGAAAGUACAAUUUGUUGGUGAGAGUGUAGAUGAUUAUGGUGGUGGAUAUAGUGAAAGCAUUGCUGAAAUGUGUGAAGAGCUACAAAAUGGAUCUUUACCAAUAUUAAUACAAACACCAAAUGGUCGUGAAGAUACUGGGACAAGUCGAGAUUGUUUCAUACUAAAUCCAUCGGCUACAACCAAAGUUCAUAUGAAAAUGUUUGAAUUUCUUGGUAUAUUAAUUGGAAUAGCAGUACGAACCUGUAGUCCAUUAAGUUUAAAUCUUGCUGAACCUAUGUGGAAAUUAUUGUGUGGUAUGAAGCUUAUGCCUACUGAUUUGAUUGAGAUUGAUAAAGAUUAUGUUCCUGGAUUGCUAUAUGUCCGAGACUUAGAAAGAGAAGAUGAAUUCACAAGUCUUGAUUUAUCAUUUUGUACUACAUCCUCCACAGGACAUACAGUUGUUUUAAGCAAUCAACAUAAACAUGUUACAUUGCAUAAUAAACAUGAAUACAUACAAGCCUGUUUAAACUUUAGGCUAAAUGAGUUUAAUGAACAAGUAAAAAACGUUCAAGUGGGUAUGGCUAGAGUUAUACCUGUACCAUUAUUAUCUAUAUUCACAAGCAAUGAAUUAGAAGCCAUGGUUUGCGGAUCACCAGAAAUACCAAUAAAUAUGCUACUCAGUAUUGUUACAUAUAAAGGCGUUGAAGCUCAUGAUAAGCUAGUUCAGUGGUUUUGGGAAAUUUUGAGUGAAUUUACUAAUCAAGAGCGGUCAUUGUUUUUACGAUUUGUUUGGGGGCGUACAAGACUACCAAGAACUAUUGAGGAUUUUCGUGGCAGAGAUUUUGUUUUACAUGUUAUUGAUCGUUAUUCACCGGCAGAUAAUUUUUUGCCUGAAAGCUACACAUGUUUUUUUCUUUUGAAAAUCCCUCGCUACAGUAAUAAAGAUGUAAUGAAUGAAAAACUUAAGUAUGCUAUUCAUUUUUGUAAAUCAAUUGACACUGAUGAUUAUGCUAGAAUUGCAUUACCCAGAAGUAUGGAUGGGUCAUCUGUAGAUACUGACAGUUUAAUCAGUGAGGACGACCCUUAACAUUUCUAUUCUUAAUAUAUUAAUUAAUUAAUUAAUUAACCUAAAUUAUUUAAUUUUUAAUUUUAAUUGACUUUACUAGUCAAAAAAUAUCAUAAUUUUAAGUUUUAUCUCAUUAACGAUACUAUGGAUCUCCUUACUUUAAAAAUUAAAUUUCCAUUAUCAAUUAUUUUUA